AGAAAAUAGAAGUUAUUAAAAACUCAAUUUCGUUAAGAAAAUACUCAUGUGUUUAUGUCACAAGGUUCUAUUAUAAAACAAGCAAAUAUUGUUUAUAGCUUAUCAUUUGGGUAAAUCCAGGCAGGUGAAGCAGAAAGUAUAUCAACAGAACGAUGUCAGUACAGGUUAUAAAACGCUUGAAAAUGACGAACACAGGAGGUAAUGUUAUUCCAACAUUUCGUAAUACUUUUCCAGUAGUGGAAAAAGAUAUUUUAAGAUGGUUUCCUGGACAUAUGAACAGGGGAAUAAAGAAAAUGCAGAAGGAAUUAAAAAAUGUAGAUUGUAUAAUUGAAGUCCAUGAUGCAAGAGUUCCAAUUUCUGGGCACUAUGCAGAUUUUAGUAACACUUUAACUGGUUUAAAACCACAUAUUUUUGUAUUAAAUAAAAUGGAUAUAGCUGAUAUGAGGUUUAAGAAAUGUAUAAUGACCAGAUUAAACAAUGAAGGACUAUCAAAUGUAUUAUUUACUAAUUUUAAGGACCAACAGUGCAAAGGAGUUAAAGAACUACUACCUUUAGCACAAAGAUUAAUUAAAGAAUCAAAUCGCUACAAUAGAGCAGAAGAAAGGUCUUUUAAGAUAAUGAUUAUUGGUGUCCCCAAUGUAGGAAAAUCUUCACUUAUUAAUCGUCUACGAAGUAGUAACCUUCACAAAUCUAAAGCAGUACAAGUAGGUGGAGUUGCUGGUAUUACGAAGUCCGUAUCAACACCUGUAAAAGUAUUAGAAAAUCCAGACAUUUUUGUCUUAGACACACCAGGGAUUUUAGCUCCUAAAAUAAAUAACGUACACUGUGGUUUAAAGUUAGCAUUAGCUGGUUGUAUGCAAGACCACUUAGUAGGACCAGAGAUUCUUGCAGAUUAUUUAUUAUUUUGGUUGAAUAAACAGGAACGAUUUGAAUAUGUAAACAAAUUAGAAUUAGCAGAGCCUCGUGAUGAUAUAUUAUAUAUUUUGACAUUUAUUGCAGCAAAACAGAAAAAAACUUUGAAAAUCAAAAGUUUUAGUGGAAGUCCUAUUGUAAAACCAAAUUUUAGAUUUGCAGCAGAUUAUUUUGUUAAUUUAUUUAGGAAAGGAGAGUUAGGUAACUACUGUUUGGAUGCAGAUUUAUUAGCAGAAUCAAAAGAUUGUAUAUAAACGUAAACAUAUUUUAAUAGUUUG